CUUCCUUGGCAUCACAACCGAGUCUCGAGAUGGCGCUCAAGGCUGUAUUUAUCGCUACUGUUGUAGCUCUUCUUGUGGCAUGUGUGGCGGCAGGGCCACUAGCUGAUCCUGGGUAUGGGCACGGUGGACACGGAGGGUAUGGCCAUGGCGGGCAUGGAGGGUAUGGCCAUGGUGGACAUGGUCAUGGAGGAUAUGGCCAUGGCGGGCAUGGCCACGGUGGAUAUGGCCACGGUGGACAUGGUGGAUAUGGCCAUGGCGGACACGGUGGAUAUGGCUGGUGAUGCUCUUGCAAUGGUUUCUCUCUGAUUUGAAUAAUAAAGAUCUUUCAC